CUCUGUUCCCGGUGUUCCGUCAAUGCGUGCAUCCUGACUAAUUCGGGGAAAAGGCAGCACCCAAAUGCAAGACAGCAUCGGACAGACAGAAGGUCAAAAAACAAACAACACGGCGGCGCCUUGAACGCCAAAAAGAUAUACAGUGUCACACAGAAAAGACAAGACAGCCAGCACCUCUCUCACCCCCACCCCCAGUCAGCCACCGAGAUCGACAAUUGAUUGAAACUCCCCUCAACACACACAACACAACACACGCGCAGACAGCAUACAUGCAGUCAAUGUACAUUUACAUGCAUCCAUCUUUCCUUUCAUGUGCGUCACGUCAGGCAGCAUUGACCCCCAGCCUGCUCUGGUCCCAGCUGGACAGGUGGGGUAUCUCAUACUGGCCCCACAUGACCUGCUCGCCCUCUUCCUGACCCCCGGCCAUCGACCCGCUGUCAUGGGGUUGCCGCUGCUGCUCGUCGCUCGCGUCGCUCAUCAUGUCGUCGCCCCCAUCUGUGUCGUGGGGGCCGCCCGCACCACCAGCGGCACCGGCCAUCUGAACGCCGGUCUUGGCCGCCGCAUCGGCCAUGAUGUGGAUCAUCCUGACGGCUGAGUUGGCGGCGAGUGGGAUCUGGUAUGUCAGGGGCAGCCAGCGGUUGAGCAGACCGGGCAGCCAUGACAUCAUGCCCAGAGACAACAGCGGAGGCAGGGAAGGGGCCACACCUGAAUGAGCAAAUCCAGGCACGCAGGCAUGAAUGUGUGACGCUCGAGUUCUCAGGUUGUUGCAGGGGGCUUACCGGCAGCGUAUUCCUCGAUAGCUUUGAGUACGGAUGUGGCCGCCUCCAGACACGUCAUGGCCGACGGGUCCACCUCAGACUGAUCGAUAAAUCGACGAAUAAGACACACAAGAUGAAGAUUACGAGACCGAUCUCUCAUGUGGCCUGUCUGGGUUUCUACCUGUAUGUGCUGGUUGAGGCCGAACUGCUCCCAGCCGUCAGUCAAAAUGGCUGCAUCCAUACAUUUUGUACAUAUGUUUAUGUUGCUGUCGGCUCUCUCGUGGUUCCUUCCCUCCAUCCCUCCCUCCCUUGCUGCCUGACAUGAGGGUUCGACGAGCAUGAUCUGCACGGGCGACUCACAGAUGUACUGCAGCUCAGAACGCAGCGAUGACACAAAACUGCAACACACACAAUUUAUACAUCCAUGCACGGAAACCUGAGAGUUUUGCGGUAUGUGCGUACCCCCUCAUGAACAUCUUGGUGCCACACGCGGUGCUCAUGAGAGGCGUCGGCAAAUUCGCAGCGUUCGAACCGAUAAACACUAUGGCACCUGCAACACACCAACAAACAGCAACACCACACCAUACCCUACACCGUGUUUGGGGGCCGCCUGUGUGUGAGCGUACGUACCCUUUUCCUGGUCCAUCAUGCGAGUGAGUAUGCUGUGUGUGAGGCACAGCACGGCCUCCACGCCGAUCCUGGCGAUCGUCAGGUGCUUGGCGGGUGAUGUGGAUGCGAACAGACCCAACGAUGCACCGGCAGCAUUGUUGACGAGCAAUCCUGGCACACACACACACACACACACACAGACAGACAGGGGCAUGUGUGUGUGUGUGUGUGUGUAUGAGUGCGUUUGUUGGCUGCCCACGGCACUCACCGACAGACUCAUAGGAGGGGACCGUCCUGCUGAUGAAGUGCAGCAGCCCCUCGAUCUCCCUAAUGUGGCUCAAAUCGGCACUGUACACCUCACACACACCACCAGACGCUGUUAUCUCGCCCUGCACACACACAACAAUACACACAUUCGUGUCUUUUCUUCCUGUACGUAUCGUGUCCCCUCCCUGCCGCCCAGGGUACGCACCCGGAGAGUCUGCAGCCGCUGCAGUCUCCUCGCAACAGCUAUCACUUUGAACCCAUGACUGAAUCGGAUCACACACGAACAUGACACACGAGAUGAACAGCCGGCUGUUGAUUGCCUUCGAGCAUCCCUCCCUCCAUUGCUUUGCUCACUGCAGACUCAGUUGCAGCGCCAAUUGCCUCCCAAGACCAGCCGACGCACCCGUGACGAUAGCCCACUCUGAAGAACAAAAGGGAGGAGAGGAGCACAUCAUCACGUCGUCCGUCAGAGCCUUGUCACAGCCAUCCAUCACUGCCACCCUUCCCUCCCCCGUCUGUCUGCGUACCUCCCAGUGCCGCGGGCAGGUCACAUUGGCGCAUCAGCUGUCGCCUCCUCCUCUCUCGGGCCAGAGUGCGCCACGCCACCAACCCACAAGCCACCCCUGCGGCUCCGGCGGCACCGGCGAGGGCCAGCGUCGCCGCAGAGGGCUUCUCAAUCGCCAUGGACGGCUCACGCACACUCAACCAACCUCACAAGGCACUGAGGCCUCCAGAAAGACGCGAGGUCUCG